AUGGCACAGAAGCAGAUAAAUAUUCUGAAAAAUAUUCGGGGAAAGAAGUGUUUGGUGAUUGAUCCGAAGCUUAGUGGAUCGCUCUCACUCAUUGUCCAAAGUUCACAACUGAAGGAACAUGGGGCUGAAUUGCGGCAUCUCACAACUGAGCCAGUCGAGACUGACUGCACCAAAAUGGUGUACCUCGUUCGAGCUCAGCUCAACUUGAUGAAAUUCAUUUGCUCACAAAUUCACAACGAUACGUUAAAAGGGCUUCAAAAAGAGUAUUUUCUAUAUUUUGUUCCUCGACGUGCAGUUGCAUGUGAGAAGAUACUCGAGGAUGAAAAAGUUCACGAGAUGUUGAUUAUUGGGGAGUAUCCGUUGUAUUUGAUUCCACUGGACGAGGAUGUAUUAUCAUUUGAACUCGACCUUGCUCAUAAAGAAUGCGUGGUCAAUGGAGACACAACCUCUCUGUGGCAUAUAGCAAAAUCCAUUCACAAGCUUGAGUUUUCUUUCGGGACGAUACCAAAUGUGAGGGCCAAAGGAAAAGCAUCUACACGCGUUGCUGACAUUUUAAACCGAAUGCAAGCUGAAGAACCUGUUACUUCAGAUAUGGGAAUUCCAGAAAUAAAUACACUUAUCCUACUCGAUAGAGAGGUGGACAUGGUUACUCCCAUGUGUUCUCAGUUAACAUAUGAGGGACUACUAGAUGAGUUUCUUGGCGUCAACAAUGGUGCUGUGGAGCUAGAUUCUUCCAUUAUGGGCGUUCAACAAGAAGGGAAAAAGUUAAAGGUUCCCCUCAAUUCUAGUGACAAACUGUUCAAAGAAAUAAGGGAUAUGAAUUUUGAAGUUGUUGUCCAGGUUCUACGUCAAAAAGCAACAUCCAUGAAGCAGGACUACACAGAGAUUUCAACCACUACUCAGUCUGUCUCUGAAUUGAAGGACUUUGUAAAGAAGCUUAACUCAUUGCCAGAAAUGACUAGGCACAUAAAUCUGGCGCAGCAUUUGUCUACAUUUACAUCAAAACCAUCAUUUCUUGGACGCCUUGAUAUGGAACAAACACUCGUGGAGGCCCAGAGCUAUGAUGUAUGCUUUGAGUACAUCGAAGAAAUGAUUCAUAAGCAGGAACCUCUUAUUAAUGUCUUACGUCUUCUGGUCUUGUUUUCAAUAACAAAUUCGGGGUUGCCAAAAAAGAAUUUUGACUAUUUGAGGAGAGAGCUUCUUCACAGCUAUGGUUUUGAGCAUAUUGCUACCUUGAAUAACUUGGAAAAAGCUGGGUUGUUCAGAAAACAGGACUCAAAGAGCAAUUGGCUGACAGUCAAACGUGCUUUGCAACUUGUAGUUGAGGACACAGACACCACUAAUCCAAAUGAUAUUUCCUAUGUGUUCUCUGGAUACGCACCUCUCAGCAUUCGCCUUGUUCAGCAUGCUAUACGAUCUGGAUGGCGCCCAAUUGAAGAAAUUUUGAAGCUGCUGCCUGGGCCUCACUCGGAAACCAAGAAAAGUGGAUUCGCUAGCAGUCCGUCAUUUGACACAAUACCAGGAUCUCUGAACAAUUUAGAGAAAGUUGCAGAUGGGAGGAGAUCUUUAGUCCUUGUAGUUUUCAUUGGUGGGGUAACAUUUGCAGAGAUCUCCGCACUUCGUUUCCUGAGUUCCCAGGAAGGAAUGGCGUAUGACAUUAUUGUAGGAACAACAAAAAUUGUCAACGGCCAUACCUUGAUUGAAACCUUCGUGGAGUAA